AUGGCCGAACAUACUAUCGACUACCCAAAAUCGACAAUCGAUAAAAUUAAAUCCAUUCAUAAAGCUGGCUUAAAAGAACAUUAUAUUGGAUUGUCUCAAAAAGCUCUAAACAACUAUAACAGAGCAAUAAAGUUAAUUGAUGAGCUAAAAAAUCAAGAUUCCAUUCAAACUGAGCUCUUAUUUGAUAUCUAUCUGGAUAUUUCAGCGGUUUAUUGUUCACAGGAAGAAUAUUCAUUGGCAACAGAUUACGUAGAUCAAGCACGUCAAUUAGCUGAAAAAUUAUUUGAUCAGCUUCGAAUCGCUAAAUGCGUAGACAAUUAUGGAUGUAUUAAGUUAGGCAGGUGUAUGUAUGACGAUGCAUUGCAAGAUUUCAAUCAAGCUUUGCGGGUAAAAUUGGAUAUUUUGGGUGAUCAUAAUCUCGAUAUUGCUACAACAUAUCAUAACAUGGGAGAUGCUUACUAUUUUCGAAAGGAAAAAGAACAGGGGGUAAAGAUGUAUGAAAAAGCUCUAAAAAUACGGCAAGAAAUAUUAGGAAAUAAGUCUUUAGAAGUUGCAGAUUUAUAUGAAGAUAUAGGACUGGCACUUUUUGAUGCCAAAGAACCCGAUACUGAAGACCGCGUUUUGCCUUUAUUUCAACAAAAUUUAGAUAUUCGAUUAGAAGUUUUAGGAAAUCACAAUAACGCCAUCGCAAGAUCUUAUCAUAACUUUGCUUGGAUGUACUAUAAGCUAGGCCGUUAUGAAAAGGCUAUACCGAUGUAUCAAAAGAGUCUCGCUAUCAAACUAGAAAUAUUAGGAAAUAAGCAUUUAGAUGUUUCUCAUAUCUACAACAUGCUUGGCACAAUCUACUAUAAUCAAUCCGAGUAUGAUCAAGCAAUAGCAAUGUUGCAAGAAUAUUUAAAAUCAGAGCAAGACAAUGAUGAAACUGAUGUCAAGAAAAUGAAUGCAGUCUGCUACAAGUUAGGAAUCUCUUAUGCAAAAUUAAAUCAGUAUGAUAAAGCUAUAACAACAUUACAAAAAUGCUGCCAUUCUAAGCAAGAAUUGUUGGGCAAAAGUAAUUUGGAGGUUGCAAAUUUAUUAUAUGAAAUUGCCACUGCUUACUGGAAUAAAGAUGAUUAUGAUCUGGCCAGAUCCACCUAUCAAGAUUGCUUAACUAUUAAAUUAGAUAUCAUUGGAAAGAAGGAUGCCGAAAUCGCUAAUCUUUAUUAUCGUAUAGGAAAUACUUACUAUCUGCAAUCUAAACGUGAUGAUGCGUUAAAAAUGUACCAGGAAUGCUUUACUAUUCAGCAAGAGGUAUUGAAUGAUGAUGAUCUAGAAAUUGCAGAAACGUAUAAGUGUAUAGGACGUAUCUAUGCUGAGCAAUUACAUUACGAAGAUGCUAUUUUAAUGCAUCGAAAAUGUUUAGAUAUUCAAUUAAAAAAGUUGGAGGGUGAUAAUGAAAAUAUAGCAAUAACAUACGAAAAUAUGGCUCAAUGUUACGAUGAUAUGAUGGAUUAUAAAAAUGCUCUAUUUAUGUAUCAGAAUUGUGUAAAUAUUCAACAAAAACUAUUUGGAGAACAUAGCUUGCAAGUCUUAAAAUCUUAUCAUCAUAUGGCUGUCCUGUAUUUUAAAGGAAAAAAUUACAAGGAUACACUUUCAACGUUGCAAAAGAUGGAAGAAUGCUUACAAGAAAAUCCCCAUGAUCAAGAAGCAGCUGACCUAUAUGCUGACUUUGGUCACUAUUAUACUAGGCUCUCGCAAUAUGAAAAUGCUCUUGAAUACUAUCAAAAGGGCUUAGCAAUUCACCAGAAAAUGUCCGAUGCCAAUAAAUUACAUAUUGCAGAAUGUUAUGAAGAUAUUGCAAACACCUUUACCAAAUUAUCCAAAUAUGAUAAAGCAAUCGAUAUGCAUCAGAAAUGUUUAGCAAUUCGCUUGCAGUCUGCAGAGGACAAACGCAAUAAUUCAGAAAUUAUCAAAUCCUAUAACUCCCUCGUUGAAAUUCAUACUCAGCAAGAGAAUAAUGACAAAGCUCAAGAUAUGCAGGAGAAGUGCCUAAAUUUUAAGAAGAAAGUAAAAGGAGAGAAGAAUUGCAAGGAGAAGAUUGCAGAUACUCUAGUAGUGACAUCAUUAGAAUCAAAAAUGAAAUAG